AUGGAGGACUUUUGGACAUGGCAUGACUUGGUGUUUGACUUUUCCGACAGUCAAUCAAGCAUGGAUUCCACACCUCCCUCUCCCGGGAUGCCACCCUCACUAUCACCGGAGCCGGAGCAAGCCUUCAAACGCCGCAAGGUGGACAGCGGGUUGAGCGGUUUUCAGAUUAUCCCUAGCGACCGGAGACCUAUUCAGUAUGCCAGGCCGAGAAAAUCGAGCGGCCCUCUUACCCUGCGCCGGGCCAAACCGAUCAAGUCGCACAUACCCUACGAAAUCUGGUUAAACAUAUUCUCCUUUUGCACACCCCAAACGCUUGCCAAGCUCCGUCGUGUCAACUCUACUUUCAAGUCCUUCAUUGACGAUGAGAGGGUUUGGGCCACUAGCAGGAAGAGUAAUUUUCCCCAUUUCCCUGAACCCAUUUAUGGUUAUCCGGAGAAUUACAUGUGGAAUUUGUGGAGGGGCAUGGGAUGCAUGAUUUGCGGUGCUGCUCGUGUUAAGAAGGUCUACUGGACUUGGGGGGUUAGAAUGUGCUUUGAGUGCUUCAAAGACGGAAGAAUGAAGGCAAGACAGACCCCUUCUUUCGUUUCGUCUUUCUUUUUUCGUCUUUAUCAAUCCCUAUUACCUGUCAAAUAUCCCCCACCCCCAGAAACUACAGCCUCAAAACACACUCAGUUCGUGCAUACCACUUUCAUAAUUGACCCUUUCCCCCGCCUGAGACUGGGUAAAGAGAGUUAUUUGCUAACUAUAGAAAUUAGGCUGAUGAAAUUUACGGACCCGGUGAUUUCUGCCAAAACGCCAAAAAAUGUUUGAGGCAUUGCUACAUAUCCGGUAAGCUUUCUUGCCUCUAGUCUCAAUAUAUACCCAUAGGCCGUUUACAAUUUGGUGUCUUCCCUCAUUUUGGGACCUGCUCCCAUUUUCUCUACCCAACGUAUGCUAAUCUCUCCCGGGAUUAGGGAGGUCUGUCACUACCGAGCGUGACAUAUAUUACGGCGGCGAACCAGCCUAUUGGCGGGACGAAGUUGAAACCUUCAAGGUCGAGUACUUUAAACGCAAGAAGGAAAACGACCCUGAAGUAUUGAAGGUUUUCUUGGAGUUUGAGAGGAACAAAACGGUUGAAUUGAUGAAGACUGCCAGUGAGCUUCAAAAGUUCGAGAGGAAAGGUAAUUUCCCCUUUUCCCUUUCACCAUUUAAUAUUACCAACUCCCGGACUCAAAUUCUCUUCCCCACUAGAAACUGUAGCUCGCCGAGAGGAAAUUGCCGCGAUUCGUAAGCAGCGCAACCUUUCUAUUCCGGAAAAAUGCAAGACGGACUUUGACCCUCCGAUCUCUGGAGAAGUCUUGGCGCUUAUGCCGUCAUAUCUGUCGGCGCUCAAAUCCGGGUCUGCCUUUACGGAGCGAUCCUGGAAGACUCUAGCAAAGAAACUUGAAGCAGAGCGGAAAGGUGCUGAAGCCGAGUACAACUCCAAACAGGCAGAAGAACGCAAGCUUCUUCAAGAUGCUGUUGACCGAAAGCGCAAGGAGCGACAGAAAGAGUGUCAGGAUAACAAGACCCUUCAGAUCAUUAAUCAUGCGAUAGAUGAUCUGAUCCACAACGCCAAGGAAUGCGUGCUGACGGAAGCUGGUGUCCUUCUAACGGAUCCCACCCAAUCGGCCUCAUUUCUGAUGGAAACUCUAGGUUAUGUCUGGAGAAGCUGGCAUCGACUCAACCCGCUCCUACCACUCUCGAUGAGGGGAAUAUUUUAUCUCUGGGAGACGCUGUUCGCGGAGCUGGCCAUCCCCCUGGAUAUGGAAUUCCAAUGCCAGUUUUGCGAACGACGGACCGGCUUUAAAGCAAUGCUAAGCCACAUAGCUGAAGAACACGGAAAUCGUGAAGAGUCUGUAACAUCUUGGCACCGGGCCAGGGGUACUUCUAAAUACGCAGAUCCCCUCGAUUGGGAUGGAGCCACAUGGCCAGAAGUUCUGCCAUUUUUACCCGCUGGUUCCAAAUUUACGCCUCGCCUGUCUUGCGAUGAGCAUUGGUGUUUGGCCAAGUCGUACCCGGUUGUCAAGCAGAGCCCGGGACGGAAAUCGGGCGUUACCGGAGAGACGACAAUUUUGCGUCCCAGAAUCGAACGUUGUCUGAGGCGUGUUAAUGGAUUGGAGGUGCCUCCAAUGUUUAAGUUGGCGACGUUCCUCGCGAGCUUUUCCAAAGAGGAAACCUUCCCCGGGUCACAUGAUCUCAACUCUGUUUACUACGAGAUUCUCAGGAUCCUCAGAACUCCGGCGGAUCACGAUGUCGGGUUUUUGAGCAAUGAAAAGAUAUUCUGCAAAAUUUGUGUGGAAAACAAGACGCUCUUGCUCAACGAUAGCCAUCCCGGCUCUAAAAGCUUUUUGCAACUCAUCGAGCAUUUUUGUGAGAACCAUUAUGCCAUCAUCGAGUUGGAGAAACCCGAAGGCCUAAACUGGAGGAAAGAUAUGAUCCUGCUCCCCGGGCCGAAAGAUAUCAAGAGUAUGUAUCACAAGCUCCCCGAUGCAAUGCGCAAAGAGUGGGACAGAGCCAACGAGACCACCGGACUCGAUCUCGAAAGUUGCAAAGCAAAGAUCGAAGAAGAGUCCGCGGGGAAUCGUACUCCACCUUUACCUAUGAGCCAGUGGAAAUACAACAAACAGUUCCCGAUCCCCCAGCCCCCGCCAACACCUGUGUCACCGCUCUGUGAUCCCCUCGACUCUGCAUUCUGGGAGAUCGCUAUCCAAAUGGAUCUCUCGGAGUCUCUUCAUUCAUAGAUAAAAGUAUUUUACGACGAUUACGAAUCUCCCUUCUCCUUCUUUCUUAGGAUUUUCUGGUGAACUUGAGGCCUAGGCGUAACUGUGCUGCUUUCCGCUUUUUUUUUUUUUCUCUUAAUACCUCUUUUUUUCUUUUUCCGGGCCAGUCUUUUUGGCUGGAAAAAUUCCUUUUCGUUCGCGUCAUCUGGGGUCCUUUAGAGGUUUGCGUCUUAUGUGGCUUCCUUUGAAUAAUAUCCUCCUACUCAUAGGCUUCCCUCCUCCCUCCUACUUUCCUUGCCAACUUCAUCACGAUAACCCUUUUUUUUUCCCUUUGCCCUAGGGUGUCCGGUGCCGUGUCGGGUCGUUGUAAUAUCAUCUGUACUUUAAUCAUGGGAUGUCACUCGAGUUGCUUUUGCUCACGAAAGAUUGUGAGGCUUGAGGACUAGGCGGUGAUGGGGGAUGGGGAUGAACAUUGUAGCAGCUGAGGGGUCUUCCUGAGAAACAAAAUAAACAGUAUUAGUUAUAGUUUCUUGCUUCCUUGCUCUCUCUAUUCUAACGUCUUUUUUUCUACUUUUUCCACUUGCUAGAGAAUUUAGAAAUAUGCCUUGCUAGUUUGCGUGGGGAUGAAGUUCUCCUCGGCCGGAUUUGGUUGGUGUCAUACUAGGUGUUUUAGGCCCAGGGACUCCAUGGCUUGGUAAUUUUGCGAACUGGAUUGGGGAGUAACUCGGGAAUUACUGAUUUUGUAUUAUAGGAAUUAUGAAUAUACUAUCCUUGAUGAUU